UGCUUCCUAAGUGGACAGUUUGAUUUCACAGAAGUUUGAUUUACUUGGAGUUAUAUUGUUGUUUAAGUGUUCCCUUUAUUUUUUUGAGUAGUGUAUAUGAAGAAGAAAUGACAGUAAAUUUACUUGUGAUACAUCUUGUGAAAACAGUACAGUCACACUGUACUGACCACAUGCUGAGGAUAACCUCUCCAUUUUGAUGAAGAAAGUUUUAAAUAACACAGAAAAAAACCUUGCUCAGUGUGAUGUUUUCAUAUGGAUAAGUACAGUCAAAAAGAGAGAAGCAUUUACCUGCAGUGCCUCGCAAAAUGAUUCCUACCCUUCGUACCUUUUCUCAUGUUACAACCAUGAGCUUCGAUGUUUUAUUGGAGGUUAACGUGAUAGACCAACACAAAGUGGUGCACAAUUGUGAAGUGGCGGGAAAGGAAAGUGUUCCAUGGUUUUUACAUUUUGUUUUUACUAGGUCAAAUCUGAACUGUGUGGCAUGCAUAUGUAUUCUGCCACAACUCGCCUACCCCCACCCACCCAUCUUUGUACAUGUAGAGAUUGAAAUUUUUGUUCAACGAUUUAAACAUGUCUGACUGAAUGAAGAACAUCUGUGAACAUCAUUUACCAAUUUUUGCCACAGAUGACCAAUUGAAUUUUGGUCUGAACUUUGUGCCUUUCAAAAGCAUGAAUAUGCUUUGAUCUCUGAUUGUAUGUCUAGGAUCACUGUCCUGCUGGAAGGUGAACCUUCACCCCAGUCUCAAAUCGUUUGCAGCCUCUAACAAAUUUCUUUUGAGAUUGUCCUGUAUUUAACUCCAUCCAUCUUCCCAACACUGCUCUUUGAAAUGUUCAAAACUUUGGAUAUUGUUCUUUAACUUAACCCUUCUUUAAGCUUCUCUACAAUGUUAUCUGACCCGUCUGGUGUGUUCCUUGGUCAUUAUUAUGCUGUUUGCCCUCGGAUGUUCUCUAACAACAGAACAGCUGGAUUUAGAAUGAGAUUAAAUUGAACACAGAUUGACUCUAAAGGACCUCUGCAGCCAAGUGAUUUCAACUGAUUUUUUCAGGGGUUUUGGAGUAAAUUGGGCUGAAUACAAAUGCAUGCCAUACUCUUCAGAUUUUAUAUAUUUUUUAUUUUGAAGACCAUGUGUCCUUAACCUUUUACUGUGCAUCCAUGUACUACUUUGUGUUGGACCAACACUUAAGUUCCCAUUAAAUGUAGUGAAGAUUGUGGUUGUAGUGCAACAAAAUGUGGCACACAUAUUUCGUAUCAUCGUAUCAUGGUUCAACACUUGAGAUAAAAAAGCUCCAAGCUUUCCUCCUGAUUGUAUACAACUUUGGCAGCAGAAUUUUUCCCGAGCGUUUUCCAUGUUCUUGUGAAAAUGUCCUUGAGAUUUUAGUAGCAGUGGCAUCCGGGCUCGGUGAAUGAAGAUGCAGAUGUUCAGGUGGGAGGAAAGGAUGCUGCUUCUCCAACAGACCCUUCGCCUCCUGCUCUGCCUCCUCCUCCUCAGUUCCGGGUCAUGCCACGUGACCUCACAGCCUCCACAAAAUGUCCCAAUGUCCCUGCUAGAGUGGAUCAGUGAUCUGGAUCAAGUGGGCAGGAAGAUUUGCUGUGAUAGGCGGUCAGCAGUAAAGUGGUGUCUGGGAUUGGUAGGGUGGGUUUGUCCUUAAACCAGAUUUGAUGUAUUGUUUUCAUUUUUUAUCUGUUAUGUAAACAGUUUGAAAAAUGGCAUUUUUUUUUUCUUAUAUCUUAAAUAGAAGCACAAAGGCGUGCGAUUUUGAUGAUGAAAUAAAUGAGCUUGGCGCUAAAAAAUAAAUAUUAUAUUUGAGGGAAUCGGAUCAACUCCACUUACACUUCGCCUCUCGGUGUAAAACAUGUAAUUAAAUGACUGGUCGAUUCAAGCUGUCACCCUGCAGUGCAUGUGUUACAUACGUGAGAAUUAUUGAUAGACUUGGGUUUCUUACUGCAUAUGGCCGAUAUUUAUGAAUGAGAGCGCUGCUUGGUUUUUCGCAUCUCGAUGAAGUCACAUUUUGCGUUUACCGUCCGGUAAAUUUGACAAUGGUGCUCCUUUAUAUGACACGGUAGGCCUGCGUGGCUCUCAGUCCGCCUCCCCCUCUGAUGGUGGUACAGUCCUGGUUCAUUCAUAAAAUUCUAACAGGGCUUAAUAGGAGGGGCUUGCAUUCUAGUCAUCCAGUUACCAGGUAUCUACCUGGAGAAAAGACACGCUCUCUCUGCCCAGCGGAAGUCAUUUAUUUGUCAUAGAUCGGGACUGUUUAUUCACUGAUAACAACUUGACGCCUGAUAUGGACGCAGUCUCUCCAAGCUUGCGGGCAAGGUCUCCUGUCGGGACGCUCUGCCAGAAGACGCCAGAAGAGGCGAGCUCUCCAGCGUCCUCCUCAGAGAGCGGAGCCAAGCUGUCUCCUGAGGAGGAGGAGAAGAAGAGGAUAAGACGGGAGAGGAAUAAAAUGGCUGCAGCAAAGUGUCGCAACAGACGGAGGGAACUCACAGAUACACUUCAAGCUGAGACAGACAAGCUGGAGGAGGAAAAAGCAGCCCUGGAGACGGAAAUAGCCAACCUGCUCAAAGAAAAAGAGCGGCUUGAAUUUAUACUGGUCACACAUAAACCAGUUUGCCAGAUGCCAGAGGAGCUGGAGUCCAUUUUACAGGUUUCAGCAAGUUCCCCAGAGCUGCCACCCAGUCCAGAUGAGGACAGGCUUCAGGAUGAAGGUAUCCAGGAAGCUCCUUUACUCCAGGACAUGGACAUCCCCAGUGAUCCGUCCACAGCAAUCUCUGGGAACUCCAAUAUCUUACUGUGUGCCAAUGCUGAAGUCAACAUUUCUGAUCUUGAGCCAUCCCUGGACAUUAAGGGGGGGCUACUGGACAAUAUGCUACCCAGUUUGGAGGACAGAAUCCCCAUGGAGACGGCUCGAUCAGUGCCCGACUUAGAUUUGAGCAGCUCCCUUGGAGUGUCGGACUGGGAGACCCUGUAUAAGUCUGUUUCCUGUGACCUGGAGCCUCUCAGCACUCCGGUGGUGACCUCCACCCCCACCUGCAGCAGCUGCCUGUCUGUGUUCACGUUUGCGUGUCCUGAUCUGGACUCUCUUACAGAGGAGGGACUGGACAGCCUCAAAGGUGGUCUAAACAAGGCUGAAUCUGUUGAUAUCCUUAACUCUCCAACUCUUCUUGCAUUAUAAUGCACAGAGGGAAUUGAUAUGCCUAAUCUCUGUGUUUUUCUGUUUGCAGGAAUCUGACUUUACAAUAAAAUCAACAACAUAAGCCCAAAUAUGCUGUAACUGUUCGAGGAAUACCUAAAUGAAUUGUCUUGUGUUUGACUGAGUAAGCAUAUAAACUUUGUCCUGAUACUUAGCCAACAGAAUGAUGUAGCUAAAAGCAUGGCUGUUAAUUCAAUUAAUUUGAUUUUAAAACGCAUGCAGAGAAAAUCCAAAUAAUUUUCAAAGCUUAUCUAUAAGUAUUCAUGAUCUGUUAAUAGAUCUAAAGUGUACUGUGCAAUUUGAUGUAUCUGUAUGGUGUGUUUUGUGCCAAAAGUGUAUUGAUUGCUGUAUGUAUUUACAUAUUCAUCCAUACCUCGAUGUCAUCAGCUGUGCUUUGACCUCAUUGUUGAAAUGUUGAAAGUUUUCCAUGAAAACAUCCAGUGCUAUACACUCUAUAUUAAUAUAUAUAUAUAUAUAUAUAUAUAUAUAUAAAAUAAAUAUAUCUUAUUGAGAUGUAACUUUUAUUUAUUUUUUUACCUUUCAGAUUUUGACUUAUUUAACAUUUAAAACUGAGAGCAUUGAUUGCUUAUCUAUACUGCUGACGAAUAACAAUAAAUCUAUGUUCCCAAUGGUGUUUGCUGCUGAUGUCUUUGAGAAAAAUGAUUUUCUAUUUUAGAAUAAAUAUUUUGGCUCUUG